AUGCUUGCUUGGAAAGACAUCCCAUAAUUGAGCAUGUUGAUGGUGGGCGACCAUGGAGGGAUCUUAUAGAAUGAGUGUGAGAGAGCUUUGUGAGACAGAUGAUCUGGCCACAAGUCUGGUGCUGGAUCCCUUACUGGGGUUCAGCACCCAUAAGAUGAAUAUCAGUACUCCCCCUGAGAUCCGGCGAUGGGGGUACCUCAGAGAGACACUCCUGCGGUUCAAGCGCACGCAUGACUUCCAAGCCACCUUUGAUGCUCUGUUGGAUGGAGAGUGGGUCAGCGACUAUUUCGCUGGGCUGGGUUCACACCGACAGGAGCUGUUGAAGCAGCACAUGUAUCGCUACAUGACUGCAUUUCUGUUGGAAAGUGGAGUGAACAUUGAGCCUUGUAACCGCUAUUCCUCUGAGACCAAUGGAGCCAAAAUCACAUCCACCCGACACUGGUUAGUGGGAGAGCGGGUGGAGGUACUGCAGGGCUGCAUAGCAGAGCUGAGCCCUGAGGAUAGCGCUGUUCUCAGAGCAGGAGUGAACGACUUCAGUGUCAUGUACUCCACACGCAAGAGAUGUGCUCAGCUUUGGUUGGGGCCUGCUGCCUUUAUCAAUCAUGACUGCAGACCCAACUGUAAGUUUGUUCCUGGAGAUAAGAAUGGAGCUUGUGUGAAAGUGGUGCGGCCCAUCUCACCGGGAGAAGAGAUUACAUGUUACUAUGGGGACAGCUUUUUUGGGGAGAAGAAUGAAAUGUGUGAAUGUUGCACAUGUGAGAGGAGGGGAGAGGGAUCAUUCAAGAAGAGAGACCAGUCCCCAGAUUUUGCCUGCACUGGGGAUCCUUCAGGCCAGAAAUAUGAGUUCAGAGAGACCGAUCUAAGGCUUAACAGGAGUAGAGGAAAUGGCACUCCAAAGCCAUUUCUUGCUGUUUCAAACUCUGCCUUGCCAAUUAGGAAUACGUUUUCCCAACGGACAAAGAGAAACGCCCUUGUUUUGAGCAAGAUGAGAAAGACUGAUAGACGGAAGAGGGAGGAGCAAUGUAAACAGGUGGAAAAAAGGAUGCAAAACCUCUUAUCAUCUUUUCCUCACCUCAAGCUAAAGGAGCUGAGCAUCUGCCUUCAUCAGCACAGCAUAAAUUUCCUAUUACGAUGUAAGGACCCCUUAAGCAAAGAAAGAGCCCUGCUGUAUCUAAUUGAAAAAGAGCGACCAAAAUCUGAGUGGAUCACAAGCGACAGCAGAUCUGCCUCUUCACCACUCAAUAAUGCUACCCUAAAUGGACCAGAAGAAAGAGAGAACGAGGAUAGAGAAAUGUUAAAUGGAGACUCUGUCAUUCAAUUUCAACCAUUUACUCUUGGAUGCGUUUCCAUUGUACAUGAAAAAGACAAGAUGAAGGCGAAGGGACAUAACACUGAUGCGUCGUCUGUCAGAAUUAUCCACCAGGGCAUUUCCUCAAGGACCAGGAAUAUACUUUGUGGUCGUCUAAGCAGUCUCCGAGCUAAGUCUCGACCUAAACUCUCUAGAUUCAUAAGGAGGAGGACCAGACUGGUUAAAUCAAACUCUAAACUUUCUAAAGUCCGAAAUGAAUGCUCUGGCGCCCAAACAAAAGAUAGGAAAUGGCAAAAAGAAA